AUGGCUAUCGCCAAGGGACUUCCCAACCUCAAAGUCCAAGUGUACGCCAAGGGCAUCCCGCUUCAGGAGUACGUCGAUGACGAUGAUCAAGCAUCUCAUGGCGAGGUCACCAAGUAUGUCGAAGCCUCGUCCGGUGACAAUUUCGAGAUCAGAUACUGCUUCACUCCUGGAUUCAGCAUUCGUCACAGCAUCCUCCUGGAACUGGAGAUUGACGGGGAAUAUGCGGAUGGCGGUGUCUACUCCCCCGGCUGUCCUGUGCGUUGGUACCAAGUGUACGGCUUCACAGGUUCGCGAGAAUUCGACGGUGGCAACCACUUCUUGAGGAAGUUCCGUUUCUCGCAACUCGAAAUCAAUGACGGUGAUCCACGUACGUUUGAAGACACUCUGGAGAAAAAGCUUUGCAAAGUGGGUGUCAUAUCUGUGCGCUUCUUCUGGGUAACGGCCAGCGUGGUAUCAGCACCAACUACCAGACUGCUCAAGACCGAGACUCUCAGUGUUGUCCCAGAGAAAGCCCUGAAGGGCAGCGCGUUAUCACACCAGGCUGGCUAUGGUCCGCGAGAAGCUGAUAUCGCGCAUAAACAGUGUGCGGCCACCAAGUUGUAUCAGAGCCCUUUCGCUGAGUUCACGUUCAAGUAUCGCUCGAGAGAUGCUCUGAAAUCCCUCUUGAUCAUCCCACGAACCCCUAGUCCGGUACCCCUCGAAGAACGCGACGUCAACAGUCUUACCUUGGAGGAAUCCCGCGAACUCAUUCGAAUCCAGCGUGCACGAGGCGAUGCCACUGCAGUCAUCAAGCAAGAAGGUAUCAAACGAGAACGAAGCAGCACCAUUACCGGAGGGGGUCAAGACGAGGACGAUGUCUCUUUCGUAUCCGCCAAGCGUAGACGGCUUCCGGUCACUCUCAACGAGAACGGCGUCGAGAUCAUCGAUCUGACAUAG